GUGCGCCUGUCCUGGGCAGGGUGACUCUCAGCUGGCGGCUGCUACAGGCUGUGUCUUUAAAUGUGUCAGCUCAGCCGCUUCGCCUUAGGCGGCUGCUGCUGCUGCGGUCUCCGCUCCAACUCCCUCUACCUCCCCCACCGUGCUCACCGCGCCUGCGCCACGGCUGCUGGAGCUAGGACUCUCCCCUCCUCCGCUACAGAGUCCGCAGAUCUUUUGUCUGAGGCUGGGCAGCGGCGGCUGCUCCCCGGAUCGCUCCCAGCCAGCGAAGAAGGAGCCGGAGAACCCGUGCAGGGCAUCGGAUCCCAGACGCCGGGCGAUUCUAGGGGUGACCCUAGCACCGCUGGCUCCUGUAUACAAACAAAUGGGGGGAGGAAGGCUACUCUUAAGGUGGACUUGCUCUUAAGGUGGAAUUUUUUUUAAGGUGGACUUGCUCUUAAGGUGGAUUUUUUUUAAGGUGGAAUUCUUUUGUUUUUAAAGUGGACUUGCUCUUGCAUCAGCGGCUUUGGAGUGGGAAGGGCUGGGAUUUCAUCAUGGGUAGAGGUUCUUAGCACAAAAUCGGCAGGACAACUCCUCUUGAUAUCACUAGGCUGGUAGCAGGGGAUGGGAAAGGCCUGUUGUUAGGGAACAGACAUCUCUCCAGCCUCUAACAAUGACUAAACCCCAAUCCUUCUCCAGGAAAAGGCAGCCCAUGGAAGAAGAAGAGGUGGGAAUGAAAAGCCAGAUGUUUAGUUGCCGAGAGGUUGAUAGAAGAGAGACUUUACUUUUUCAACAAGUCUCCAGCUCCUGAUUGUUCUUAAGGAGGGGGGUGGGUGGGUUGUUUUUGGUUUUGUUUGUCAUUAAUAUUGGUUUUUAAACUCUAUUAAAUAUUAUUAUUUACUACCAACCACCUCUCUCGGACACAUACUGGAAAUGCAAAAGGAUAAAGACAUGGAGACAGUAGGAAAGUUUGAGUUCAGCAGGAAAGAUCUGAUCGGACAUGGAGCGUUUGCUGUUGUUUUCAAAGGGAGACACAAAGAGAAACCUGGGCUGGAGGUAGCUGUAAAGUGUAUUAACAAGAAAAACCUUGCAAAAUCUCAAACGCUGCUGGGGAAGGAAAUCAAAAUACUUAAGGAACUGAAACAUGAAAAUAUCGUUGCCUUGUAUGACUUCCAGGAAAUGGCAAACUCUGUCUACUUGGUUAUGGAGUACUGCAAUGGUGGUGACCUGGCUGAUUACCUGCACACUAUGCGGACACUUAGCGAAGAUACCAUCAGGCUCUUUCUCCAGCAGAUAGCAGGUGCCAUGAAAAUGCUACACAGCAAAGGUAUCAUCCACCGGGAUUUGAAACCACAGAAUAUCCUCCUUUCUUAUGCUGGAGGCAAGAAAUCAAAUCCUAACAACAUUCGUAUAAAGAUUGCUGAUUUUGGAUUUGCCCGGUACCUGCAAAGCAACAUGAUGGCAGCAACGCUGUGUGGCUCCCCUAUGUACAUGGCCCCAGAAGUCAUUAUGUCCCAACACUAUGAUGCUAAAGCUGACCUUUGGAGUAUAGGCACCAUCAUUUACCAGUGUCUGACAGGAAAGGCGCCCUUCCAGGCCAGCAGCCCUCAAGAUCUUCGUCUCUUCUAUGAGAAAAACAAGAUGCUGAUGCCCAACAUCCCCAGGGAGACAUCCAGCCACCUGAGGCAGCUGCUGCUGGGUCUUCUGCAGCGCAAUCAUAAGGACCGCAUGGACUUCGAUGAGUUUUUCCAUCACCCUUUCUUGGAUGCAAGUGCCUCUAUGAAAAAAUCUGCUUCUGUGCCAAUGCCUUCUUAUCCAAGCUCAGGCUCUGGUAGUUCCUCCAGCAGCUCUUCCACUUCCCACCUGGCCUCACCUCCACAGUCCUUAGGAGAGAUGCAGCAGCUGCGGGAGAAGGCUCUGGUAUCUCCUGCCCAGGAUUCCCCUGGUUUUCUGCAUGGGUCUAAGGACUCUGCUGGAAGCAGCAGCAAGAAUUCCUCCUGUGACACUGAUGACUUUGUGAUGGUCCCAGCACAGUUCUCAAGUGAUAUAACUGCUGAGGCAGCAGGAGGGAAACCCAUCCAGGACAGCCUGAUGUACAGCGAGAGCUCCCUGGUGACUUCGGCAGGUGUGGAGAGCCAGGCAAGGAUGCCAUCCCCUUCGCCCCCUUACAACACUUCUCCCAGCCCAGCAGGCCGGCAAGGCCAGUUUUCCAGCAGCAAGUACGAGCACUCCGUCCCCAUCCCGGUCCCAACGCAAAUCCACAACUACCGGCGGAUUGAACAGAACCUACAGUCUCCCAAUCAACACGCUUUGCCACAGUCUGGCGCAGUCCGAAGAUCAAGCAGUACAAGCCCUCUUGGAUUUGCUAAAAUCAGUGCUUCCCCUCCUUUCUCUGGAGAGCAUGGAGCUGUGCCAUCCCCCAGACGGUUCUCCUUCGGCGGUGCUAAGCCUUACACCCCGUCCCCGCAAGUCGGAACAAUUCCGGAGCAGCCCGGCCAGACUGUUUUCUUCUCCCCACCUGGAGCAGAAACGAGAAGCAGGAUCCCCAUGCCUGGUGCCUCAGUGCCUGAGCACUCUUCCCGAGGGAUGGGCUGCCGGCUUCACAGCGCUCCCAACCUGUCAGACUUACAUUCCUGCAGGCAGAAGAUCACCAAGCAGCAUUCUGACCCUCUCGUUGCUCACUUUGGACAUGCUCCCAUCAGCCAGCCCCUGCAGGUUCAUGGCUUGCAGCCCUGCCGUCAGCUGAGGUCCUCACCAAAGCUGUCUGAAUUCAUGCAGAGAAGUCCCUUGCCAACUAUCUUGGGCUCCCCUACGAAGGCUAUGUCCCCUUUUGAGUUCCCCAAAACUCCCAGCUCCCAGAACCUACUCACGCUCUUGGCCCAGCAGAGAGUCAUGAUGGCCCCAACGCGGAACAGGACUCUGCCAGACCUGAAGGAGAUGGGACAUUUCCAUUGCCAACAGGCUGGCCUGGGCUUGCGGCCUGUGGAAGAGAUUAAAGGCAGAUCUCUGAGCACCGGCCGCCUCACUGACCUGCUUCUCAAGGCUGCCUUUGGGGCUCAGAUCUCAGAAGCUGGCAGCAACGACAGCCUGAACAAUGAGAAGCCAAUGGAGAUCACAGCUCCCCCUGCUGCUUAUGGAGGAAACCUGUACUGUGGGGCUAGAGCUGGGGGCUCUCUGAGCUCUUCCCCAGUGGUCUUCACGGUUGGAUCCCCUCCCAGUGGGACAACGCCGCCACAGACCGCUAGGACCAGGAUGUUUUCAGUGGGUUCGUCAAGCUCUCUGAGUUCAGGAGGCUCAUUCAGCGGCAGACACUUGCUGGUGGGAGCUGGUGGGGAUGCCAUGGAAGCUCCAUCUAGUCUCCGGUAUACUCUUGUGGAUCCUAUUGCAGCUAAUCUGGAAGGGGCAGUUACAUUUGAGGCACCAGAACUCCCUGAGGAGACGCUCAUGGAGCAAGAGCACACGGACAUCCUGCGCAGCCUGCGCUUCAUGCUUGCUUUCGUCCACUAUGUGAUGGAAAUUGCCACCAUCAAAGGGAGCACCAGCGAGAUGAGCAGCUCGGUGGUCUCUGAGUACCAGCUUCAGGAGAGCAUGGUGGCUGACCAGAUCAGCCUUCUCAGCAGGGAAUGGAGCUAUGCAGAGCAGCUGGUACUGUACCUGAAAGUAGCAGAGCUGCUGUCCUCAGGCCUGCAGACAGCCAUAGAACAGAUCAAGGCAGGCAAGCUGUGCCUCUCCUCCACUGUCAAACAAGUUGUGAAGAAACUUAACGAACUUUAUAAAUCCAGUGUGUCGGCCUGCCAUUCUCUGAACAUGAGACUCCAGAGAUUCUUCUUGGAUAAACAGAAGCUUAUGGAUCGGAUCAACAGCAUCACAGCCGAGAAGCUCAUUUUCAGCUACGCUGUGCAGAUGGUGCAGUCUGCAGCGCUGGACGAGAUGUUUCAUCACAGGGAGGACUGCACACAGAGGUACCAGAAGGCUCUGCUGCUGAUGGAGGGGCUCUUAAACAUCAUAACGGAGCAGGGGGACAUCGACAACAUCAAUAAAUGUAAGAUGUGUAUUGAACGCCGGUUGUCGGCUCUGUUAUCGGGGAUCUGUGCAUGAUUUUAAAAGUGCUGCUCGCCGCGAACCUCACGCCAGCCGAUCACGUUCAGUUUCCGAUCACCUGCUGCAGUGGUAGAGAAGGAGCCUGGCUGCGGGGAACCUGGAAGACAAACUGCUUGAUCUUAUUUGUAGUCGUCAGGAAGGUUUUCCGCAGUAGGGAUUUGGAUUCUCUUUUAGGGGGACAUAUGACAGCAGUGAUUGCAAGCACUUCCCCUCCAUAUACACUGGGGGAAGAUGGAGGAGAGAUUCAGGGUUUUUCCCUUUCUUGGUGGAGGGGGCGAAGGAUAGAAUUUCCCUUCCUCUCACUUCAGACGACAAGGCUGCUGCCUUGCCCUCCUGCUCAGAGCCGGAGUAUUUUAGUGCUGCAUCCAUUGCUGGCGGUGGAUGUGCUGAAACCAUUAGCAGGAAGUUUCAAGUGAACUGUUCAGUGAAUUGAGAAGGGUGGAAUUCCAGGCCAGUUGCAUACUUUCCCCAUCCCUGCUGAUAGCCAAGCACUCAGGAACUGGCUGUUGACCUGCAGCUGCUCCCUCUCCACACUCGCCCUUCUUGUGUAUGUCCUGCCACAGAGCACUUCCUGUGUGGUGGAGAGGAGUAAGGUGGGGAAGCUGGAUCUCUUCCUGGAGUGUUGCUGAAGACAGCUGCAACCUUCCGAAAGACUUCCUGAGCAAUGCUGGAACCGCGUCGCCACUGAGGAGGCUCCCCUGUACCAAGCAUGAGGAGGCGGGUCACAUCCCUACCUGGAUGGGGAGCAACCAAGGACAAGAAAGUUGUGUAUAUAUAUUUAAAAAUGACUCUAGCAUUACAAGAAGCCCCGAUGGUUAUCAGUACAGAUCCAACAGUUGGUGGUGCCCAUGCUGUCCUCCUUUCAGCUGUUGGUUAGCUAACCCUUUCCCCCACGGGCCCCUCAAAACACUAACUUUGUGACUCAAAGAAGCACUUUACACACUAUGGGAACUUUGACAAGUUGACUUUGCAUCACACGGUGACCCCGGAACUUCACGACUGCUGGGAAUGCUGUUCUUUUGUUCCUCAUUGUUUUAUUGCACUACGUGUGUGUAUCUGUAUGAAUACAUAUUCCUCGGGGCGAAUAUGUAUCGCUAUAUCGAGUGUGUGUCACUGUAUGUAUUUAACUGUACUGUAUCUUGUGCAUGUGCAGCAAACAGCAGUCACACGGUCCAUGUGCUGUUCCCCUCCAUGCCAGGCAAAGCUGACUUGAAAUCCUGCAGUACCAAGAGGUUUUUUUAUUUAAAUGUUCUUUUUAAGGACCGUCAGUACAAAGCUCUAUGGUUUUUAAGAGCUCAAGAACAGACAUUGAGAUCUUAAAUAUUUACAACCGAAAAUGCAUUUUUUUAUUGUUUUGCUGCUUAAUUUUUAUAAAACAAACCAACCAACCCUUUUAGUGUUCAGUUACCUUCAGCAUUUCUUUUUAAGCGACUGUGUAGCCAAACCAGGCCUGUGGGUGUGGGCGGUUGAAGACCUGUUGAGGCUUGGAUGCUGCGAGUGUGUGUGUGAGGGGAAAACUGGUUGGCUCUGUGUGUGUGUGUGGGCGUGUUUUAAUUUAUCAGAGUCAUGGCAGUAUUUUGUUAGCGCUGAGUGGAAAAAGUAACCUCCGUGAACGAAAUGCGAACCGUGGGCUUAGCUUUUGGGAUCUAAUAACAUUUUGCACAUGGUGGUUAAAUAUUAAUUACUUCUCUCUCUCUCUGCCACUGUAAUUUUUUGCAUGUUUUUUGUAUGACACUCUUUGGAAAAAAUAUUAUGCAAGGAACAACUCUGACGUGUGAACCAGCUUUAUCUGUGGUAAGCUGGACACUUCUCGUGGCAGAACACAACAGCAAAUAAACCCCCGCUCCUUUCCAGGAGCGUUUGAUUACAUGAUGUCACUUCAGUAUCAGGCCUUCAUUGCUUCGUUCAUUCACAGCCUGCUGUUGCUGUGGCUAUGUGUGCCUGUUCCUAAAAUAAAAACAAACCUGUGGCUGGAGAUGUUAAACAAUAAGCAGACCACUUCGGAAAGGAUCGCCACCAGUCCUGCAAUAGGCUAUGCUACGAGUGCAGUACGUUAACCUGGAUGCAGUGUGGAAACAGGAAACCGGGACAAACUUCUCAGCACACACGUGCUUUUCACACUGAAUGCCAUGGAUACCCCACAAACUUAAUCGCUUAUUGCCAAGUAUUAGUCAGUUGCAUCCCAGGAUUCGUGUGUAUGCCACAGGUGUACCGAUCCGAUCCGUAUACAUGACAAGCUCAGCACUAACCUUCCAGCUGUAUUUAAUUACUUGAAUGUAUCAAAUUUGUCCACAUUCAACGUAUAUAAAUAUACAUUGCUCCAAAAAAAAAGUGGUUUACAGAUCUUCAACCAAUAUAUAAAUAAAUAUAUAUGUGUGUGUGUGUGUGUAUGUGUGUACAUAGUAUAUAUAUUUCUCAAUACUUGAAACUUAGCCACUGUGCUUGGAUUUAAAAAAUAAACAACGAGAAAAAGACAAAACAAAAAAGACAGAUGAUUUCUUUUGCCAUCACUUUGAUGACUUUAUUUGUUAUCUAAAUGCAUGUAGCGUGAAUCCAACUUUUUUUUGGUAAAAAAAAUAGUAUUUAUUGCUUUGUAGACAAUAAGGAAUGCAAAAAAGAA